AUGGCGAGACUAGGUCGAAAAGAGCCUAUGACUCUUCAAAUCGAGAUCGAAACCGAAGAAGAAUGGCAACAGUUGCUAGCUCGAAAGGGCCUGAUUCUCGCCGACGUGUACUCCGAGUGGUGUGGUCCGUGCACAGCCAUGGUGAGCACUCUGCGCAACGUGAAGAUGGAGAUCGGUGGUGAUACGAUCAGCUACGCGAUCGUGAAGAACGACCACAUCGGUGAUCUGGAGCGAUUCCGUGACAGAAGCGAGCCAGUCUGGAUGUUCCUUCAGAACGGCAAGAUGGUGCACCUGAUGUUCGGUGCCAAUUGUCCUCAGCUUCAGAAGCUGCUCGUGAAGGAGAUCAAGCGGGUGCAGAACGAGGAGGAACCGGAAAUGCAGCUGCCAGCGAGCAGCAGGACUCCAGAGGAGGAGAUCCUGUGGCAGGAGAAGGAAGCCAUCAGGAAAGCCAUCGAGGACCGCGAGCGUGCCAAGGUAGAAGCCGAGCGAAGAGAGAAGUACGAGGCGUUCCUGGCACAGAUGAUCUUCGAGCUGAGCGAGCUGACCGCUCUGGUUUUCUACCCGUGGGUGUUCAAAGACGAGGGGGGCCGACACAGGGACAAGUACCAGUGUCCCCCGUACCUCGAACUGGUCAACACUCUGUUCAAACAGAACUUCGACGUGCUCGAGGAGUAUCGUGUGCAGUUGAACGAGGAGAUGAUAGAGAAGCUAUUCGUCGAGAGCAACGUGGAGAUAACGAAAGAACUGGUAGCAGGGUUGACAGAUGGUAGGACUAUAGCGAUGAGACUGAAGGGUAGACGGCCUCAUCCCGACUGGCCGGUACCCUACCCCUUCGAGUGUCCCAAGGGAACCAAAAGAUGCCCCACCCGAGCGAUCAACGAUGUCGAGAAUUACCUGUUGCAUUUGUUGACCAGUUCAACCCCGUUGAUUCAGGGUAACACCGCUUCUUUCGCUUCGGAAGACUCCUAUAUGGAGAGACACGUGUACGUUCACGAGCCUGAUCCUGAGGAUGAGGAAGAUUUUCCUAGGACUCAUCCUGCUGUUUGGGUACCUCCACAGGCCAGAAGCAAAGUGCACGUGUACAUGACCCUGUUCUCCAAUUACAUGGAGCUGGUGCACCCCUACGAAGAACCCGUUCCUCCUCCUCCAUUCUGUGCCUUCAAGUUCUAUUAUUCAAAAUUCGAAGAUGUUCGCGAUACGUGCGUUCUCUUCCCUGACGCCGUGGAAUAUUUCGGUGCCUUCGAGUUUGACAAUCCACCAAUAGCCAGGCGAAUAGCGUCCAGCCCCGAAGAUUUCGAGAGAAAGGCGAAGUAUCAAACUGGCAACGAGAUAUUCGUGAUAAUAAUCCGGAGGAUCAGCGAGGACGCUUUUCUGUCGUUCGCCAGCAUCGAGCCGUAUUUCGUCACGGAAGACGAUGAAAAAGCCCAGGCGAUGAUCGACGAAUAUUUCCCAGAGGGAGCCGAGGACGUGAUCCUCGAAGAAUUCGACGAGGAGGAAGAAGAAGAGGAAUUUUACGACGGUGAGGAUGUCGAAGACGACACGGAGGAUCUAGACAAGGAUGAAGAAGAGAUCGGCAUAUUUAGCUUCUUAUAA